AUGGUGUCUGUUUUCCAAAUCCCGGAUCAUAUCAAUAUCCCCCUUAUAGGGGCUGCAUGUGCAACCCUCUACAUCGUAUGGACUCUAUUUUACCGACUCUUCUUAGAUCCUUUACGCGACAUCCCAGGGCCAUUUCUUUGGCGCUACACCAGUCUGCCGCGGCUUUACCACGUGGUAAAAGGCGAUCUGCACACCAAGGUUCGAGAACUCCAUGAUCAAUACGGACCAAUCAUUCGAACUACGCCUUACGAAGUUAUCUUUAACGACCCCCAAGCGUGGAAAGAUAUAUACGGCCACCGAGUGGGCGAUGCAUCAGAAAUCGAAAAAUGGAUGCCGUUCUACAAACCGAACACCGACCUACCUGACAACCUUCUCAUUUGUGACAGAGCGGAUCAUAGUGUGAUUCGUCGGCAGCUUUCGCACGCGUUCUCUGACAAGUCGAUGCGAGAGCAAGAAGAGCUGAUCAAGGGAUACGUGGAAUUAUUGAUAAAACGAUUACACGAGAACGCAGACAAUGGCAAAGCUCCCCUCAAUAUGCGCGAGUGGUAUAAUUGGACGACAUUCGACGUCAUUGGCGACUUGGGCUUUGGAAGCUCGUUUGGCUGCUUGGAAAACUCGGGCUACCACCCUUGGAUCAAGCUCAUCACAUCUACCUUCCGGGAGAACUCCAUAUUCCAAACCCUGGGCCACCUCGGCUUGAACCCGCUAGUCAAGUAUCUCUUCCGCUGGAACGUGAUGGCCAAGAACAACAAGGACAGCCUCAACCUGGUCGCCGAGACGCUGGACGAGCGGAUCAAAUCCGGCCGCGAAAGACCGGACCUGAUCGACUCCCUGGUCAAGAAGAAGGACGAUCUGGGCUUGGACUUCGGCAAGCUCGUCUCCAACGCCAACUUGUUGAUCGUCGCGGGCUCGGAAACCACCGCCACCCUGCUCUGCGGCGCGACGUACCUCUUGACUACUAACCCGCACGCGCUCGCUAAGGUGACUGAGGAGGUGCGCAGUAGUUUCAGUAGUGAUGAAGAGAUCACGCUCACGUCCGUUGGAAAAUUGCGCUAUAUGCUCGCGUGUCUCAACGAGUCUCUGCGACAGUACCCCCCGGUCACUAGCGAUCUGCCCAGGCGCAUACCCAAAGGAGGCGCCACUAUCGUAGGGAAAUUCCUCCCCGAAGGCACUAUAUGUUCGAUCUUCCAGUGGGCCAUCAACUACGACCGGCGGUGGUGGAAGGACCCGUACCGAUUCGCGCCGGAGAGGUGGCUGGACGACCCGGAAUACGUGCACGACCGGCGGGACGCCAUGCAGCCGUUCAGUCACGGCCCGCGGAACUGUAUCGGGAAGAAUCUGGCGUACGCGGAGAUGCGCCUCAUCCUCGCCAAGAUCCUGUUCAACUUCGACAUGGCGCUCGACGAGUCCUCGCGCAACUGGACCGAGGACCAGCGGUCCUUUACCGUGUGGGAAAAGCCGCCGCUGUACGUCUACUUGACGCCCCGUUUCCAAGAGAUCGGGGUGGGAGGUAAAUAAUCCAGUUACACAUAGGCCAAUACCCAUUGCGAAUGAACCCCCUAGGUACCUAAGGGAAGGUUGGCUCAGGGUAGAUAGGUAGGUAUAACCGGAUGGACAUGAUGGACAUGGCUAAGACUGGGGGUGUUCUCGAACAGCAAUUCGUACAGCUUAGGUGUGGUUUGGACAAGCACGACAGGGGAACUAACUAAAUUGUAUAUUGAACUCGGGCUAUUGAAUGAGCUCGAGUAGGAGGUAUUGUUUCGCAUAACAACACAGGCGAAUUCUUGGAUUCCUAUACCUUAGGUACCUC